CCUUCUCCACACACAGUCUGCACAAUCACCACAACACCAGUGUGGUGUGCUGCGUCAUCCGAGGACUGCGGGACCCACAAACACCGGUGGUUCCCCCUGCAGUGCGAGAGAUCAGCGAUGGGACUGGAAACACAGAGAGAGAGGGAGGGAGAGAGGCGAGUGGUGCUGCUGCAGAACAACAUUCAGCCUGGGCUGAGGAGUUACACGGCACACAGCGGCACAUCUGCUUCAUCCAGGCAUUAAUCCUGUUGUGAUAGCCAUGUUCUCGAAGCAGCCACGGCCUCUGGCCUUUGUGGUUUUCAUCCUGACUUAUGCCCUCUCAGUGACCUCCCUGCCUGCUGACAUAGAGAAGGGAAGGAGAAAGGUGGUGCACGUGCUCGAGGAUGACACCGGAGCGGUGAUAGUGCAGACAGCUCCUGGAAAAGUGGUGACACAUCGCGGUGGCUCCAUCACUCUGCCCUGCAGAUACCACCACGAGCCGGAGAACACCGAUCCUGCUCGCAUUCGGAUCAAAUGGACCAAAGUGACCGACGCGCUGCAGUUUGAGGAUGUCUUUGUGGCGCUUGGAAGGCAGCAGCGUGUGUUUGGAUCGUACAAAGGGCGGGUGUUUCUGGAGCAGGCAGGACCAGGUGACGCCUCAGUGAUCAUCCAAAAUGUCACACUGGAGGACUACGGACGCUAUGAGUGUGAAGUCACUAAUGACAUGGAGGACGAUACAGGAUUUGUCAACCUCGACCUAGAAGGUGUGGUGUUUCCCUACUACCCCCGUGAGGGGCGCUAUAAGCUCAACUACCACGAGGCGGAGGACGCUUGCAAACAGCAGGAUGCCAUUCUGGCCUCCCACGCUCAACUGCACAAGGCCUGGCUGGAAGGGCUGGACUGGUGUAAUGCAGGAUGGCUGGAGGAUGGCUCAGUUCAGUAUCCUAUCUCUCAUCCCAGAGAUCAAUGCGGCCGCAAGGACACCCCUGCUGGUGUUCGUAACUAUGGCUACAGGCACAAGGAGGACGAGCGCUAUGACGGUUUCUGCUUCACUUCCAAGCUCAACGGCAAAGUUUAUUUCCUCAAACGCUUUAAGAAGGUGAACUAUGCGGAGGCGACCAAGGCUUGCAUUCGAGAUGGCUCACUGGUGGCCAAAGUGGGUCAGCUGUACGCAGCAUGGAAGUUUCAACUUCUGGACCGCUGUGAAGCCGGCUGGCUGGAGGAUGGCAGCAUCCGUUACCCCAUAGUCAACCCCCGCUCUCGUUGUGGUGGAUCCCAGCCAGGUGUCCGACACCUGGGCUUCCCUGAUAAAAAAUUCCGGCUGUAUGGGGUCUACUGUUUCCGUAAGAACAAGGAUGAAACAGCAGGUGGUACCGAAACGACAAAAAGCCUUUCAAAUAGUUUGACAAGGAGGAAUAGCAGUAACAGCAUCCCCGUGAAUGCCACAAGAGUGAUUUAAAGUGGAAAGGCUGAGAGCAAUUUUAGAUUUGACUACAACAAGUGUCGUCUAGCAGCCAAACUCCAUUCAUCGCUUUUAAAGUAAAACACUCAGAGACAAGAUGUACUCAUUUGCAGAUUUGCCAGAGAGAGAAGAAGUGAGGCUGUGUAAAACUGAGGGUGACAUCUUUAUUAUGGUGACUUUCCUUUCGUCUCCAGUCAGUCAAUCAUCUUAAAGAGUGUGUAUGUUAGCACAUCUGUCACUGUAUAAGUGUAAGAUUAAAAAAAGCAGCUUGAUCAUCGCUCAGCCGCACAUCUCAGAUCAGAGAGUUCUGCAUAUGAAUGUUUACUUGUGUUGUGUAUGUGUGAAUCAUAUUUUGGCCCCUUGCUGUGGCUCCUGAGCUCUGAGCUCCAGUCUGAGCCAUAAUCUCAGCGCCAGGAUGAACACGUUUAUUAUUAAGAGAGAUGGGAUGAUGUGCCUGACUGUAUGGAAAAAAAUCCAAGAUGCCCUGUAAGACUGUAACUGCCUGUAUCCGGGUGUCAUGCUUGGUUAGCAACCCUUUAGCACAAUGUGAGACAUUCUUUUCAUUACAUGGCGAUCUCAUCAUCAGAGCUGAACAGUCCAAGUAGUAAAUAUUGCACUGCCUCUAAAAUAUUUGCACUUUAAAUACAUAGGGCUUUAUUUGACGAUAGCAACUUAGCUUAUAAGCAAGCAUGUAUUGCUUGGCUGAGAGUAGUUGCUGAGGCUGAACAAGCAGACAUACAAAGCUACAAUAAUUGCUAUUUCUUCUCAUACUGCACUUCUAAGCUACACGGGCCUCUAAUGCACUAUAAAUGUUACAUGCAGUGACCUUUACUACAGAGUAUGUUUGCAACUACAGAAUGGAUGAA